AAGAAGAAAAAAAAAAACUCAAGAAAUUUUUAUUUUUCACUAACCAUUAGUAUUGUCUACGUUAAACGUUUUGAAGUUUAGAAGAAGGAUUUAUAUUAAAUGAUUUUAAAGUUAUGCAAUCUUGUUCAGUUGAGAAACACUGAAAAUGUUUUUGCGGUACUGAUAUAAUUAUUAAUAACAGAGAUAAAAUAAUACCAUAACCCUGCACUUGCAUUAUAUAAUGACAUAAACAAUCCAGUUUGAAUUCCUCAUAAAUGCUACAAGAGACGAAAUUCGAGAGAAGAUUUUAUAAUGAAAAUUGGUUGGAUUCAAAAAAUUGUUAAUAAGUGGCCAGGCCGCCGAACUUUGGGUAUUUAUAGAUUUCUUCCGUUGUUUUUUGUCCUAGGAUCAGCUCUAGAAUUUUCAAUGAUUAACUGGAAAGUAGGUGAAGUGAAUUUUUACAAUACUUUCAAAAGACGUCAAGCCAAGACUAUUGUAGAAGAAAAAUUAGAAAAAUAUUCAUCUUUAAAAAAUAAUAAUUCAUCAUAA